AUGAACACAGCCAUUUUAGAUGAGGACUGUGGUCUGGAGCUUACUUUCCUGCUGGACAGCUCUGAGAGUGCCAAGGAGAACCAUGAGCAGGAGAAGCGCUUUACCAUGGAUGUGGUGGACAGGCUCCAGGCCGCCCGUCUGCAGACGGGACGCAGUCUGAGCUGGAAGGCGGCCCUGCUGCAGUACAGCAGUCACGUCAUCAUCGAGCAGACCUUCAAGCAGUGGAGGGGCAGUGACAACUUCAAGUCCCACAUCACCCCCAUUGUCUACAUCGGCCACGGUACCUACACCACCUACGCCAUCACCAACAUGACCAAGAUGUACCUGGAGGAGUCCAGCCCAGACAGCAUCAAGGUGGCCAUGCUGCUCACUGACAGCAUCUCCCACCCCAGGAACCCAGACAUCUUCUCAGCUGCCGCCGAUGCCAAGAACCAAGGGGUGAAGUUCUUCACGGUGGGCAUCACCCGUGCAGCCAACGAGUCAACCAACGUGGCCCAGCUGCGUUUGUUGGCCAGCUCUCCUGCCUCCCGAUACCUCCACAACCUGCAGGAUAUUGACAUUGUGGAGAAAGUCCUCAAAGAAAUUGUGAGUAUGAUCUGACUUGCAUUGCUUCUCAAGAAACACAAUGUUGGGUAGUGAUGAUGACACAAUGACACAGUUGUGAUUUACAUGUAAUCAGAGUUGAAUUACACGUUGCAACCAAACUCAUCUCAGGAGGGAUUUUUAACCAUCAUACUACCAACUACCAUGUUUUACAUACAUGGAUUAUCAACUUAGUUCAUUUUGAUCCCAAGGAGAAACUAUUGGAAAAAGCAACAAUCAUAGCAAAAAAUCUACUUAAUUCUUAUUAAAAUAUCAUUAGACAUGUAAAUAAUGUUAUCUGAUAAAUGUUAUCUGAUAAAUGUUUCCCUUAAAUAAUGUGCAGCUUUUUUCCAAAGUACAAUCCACAUAAGUACAAAAAAAAACAGAUUUACCAUCAUUUGAUUGUAGUAUCAUUUCGUUUUUAGAAUUAUUGUCAUAUUUGUGUGGUAAAAACGACUGCCAAAAUUUGAAAUAUACUUAAUUAUAUUGACAUAAAGUGAUUCAUCCAUUGAUCCUGAGAGACAAUGACCAAAAAAUGUGGCUUAGUUUUCUUUAUUUACUUACCCCACAGCCAGCAUUAGCAUCGCUGCUAGUGAAACAAUGGGAGUGGUAUUGCCAAGGACAGCAUGCCCAAAUCCUCAGUCACUUCAAACCAAAUUUUACAGCAACCACAUUUAUAUAUAUUUUUUAUUUAACUAGGCAAGUCAGUUUAGAACAAAUUCUUAUUUACAAUGACGGCCUACACCUGCCAAACCCGGAUGACGCUGGGCCAAUUGUGUGUGCCAAUCACGGCCGGUUGUGGAAUCAAACCAGGGUGUCUGUAGUGACACCUCAAGCACUGAGAUGCAGUGCUUUAGACCGCUGCGUCACUUGGGAGCCCCAAAUACCAUAACAAGUUGCACAUAUAGAAUAGUAGAGGAUAUUAUAGGAAUUCUAUUUAUAUAACAUUUCCCGUAGAAUAUUUGUUUUAGAAGAAUACACACCAAUACAGCACUAUUUAUACAUUCAGAGGGUAGCUGGUUCUGUAUUACAGUUCUACCAAGUAUGCAUACCGCUGACCGACUUUUAUGAGCUGUUUUGACUGCAACUAAGCAUAUAUGUAAGGUAAUUUAGAUUUUGUACAUGGUCAUACAUAGUUAUAUCCAGUUAUGACCAUAGGCAAGUACAUGAGGUCCUUAAUUUCUGCAGGUGAUCUGUCUAUCUGGUCAAAAUCACUGAUACAGGUCCCUCUCCGUCCUCUGAGGAUAUGUCUAACUUAAUAUUAUAUCUCCAGAGAAUCCAAGAUUCAAAUAAAUACUUUUUUAGAUUUGCCCUAGAAUAACUACUUUUCGGAGAAUACACAUCAAUACAGCUCUCUAUGUAGAUUCAGAGUGUAUCGGAGUUCUGUAUUGCAGUUCUAUCAAGUAUUUAUACCAUUGGCAGACCUUUUAUACCAUUGGCAGAAGUUCAUAUGCAAAAAAAUAAGGUAACUUUGGUUUUGUACGCAGUCAUACAAUACAUGGUAUAGAAAAGUACAAUCUUAGGCGAGUAAAUGGGGAGUUAUAUCUCUGCAGAUGAUCUGUCUAUCUGGUCAAAAUCACUGAUACAGGUCCCCCUCCAGCCUCUAUAACACUGAACAAAAAUAUAAACGCAACAUGCAACAAUUUCAAAGCUUUUACUGAGUUACAGUUCAUAUAAGUUAAUCAGUCAAUUGAAAUACAUUCAAUAUGCCCUAAUCUAUGGAUUUCACAUGACUGGGAAUACAGAUAUGCAUCUGUUGGUCACAGAUACCUUAAAAGAAAAGUAGGGACGUGGAUCAGAAAACCAGUCAGUACCUGGUGUGACCACCAUUUGCCUCAUGCAGCACGACACAUCUCCUUUGCAUAGAGUUGAUCAGACUAUUGAUUGUGAAUGUUGUCUCACUCCACUUCAAUGUCUGUGCGAAGUUGCUGGAUAUUGGCGGGAACUGGAACACGCUGUCGUACACAUUGAUCCAGAGCAUCCCAAACAUGCUCAAUGGGUGACAUGUCUGUUGAGUAUGCAGGCCAUGGAAGAACUGGGAAAUGUUCAGCUUCCAGGAAUUAUGUACAGAUCCUUGCGACAUGGGGCCGUGCAUUAUCAUGCUGAAACAUAAGGUGAUGGCGGCGGAUGAAUGGCACGACAAUGGGCCUCAGGAUCUCGUCACAGUAUCUCUGUGCAUUCAAAUUGCCAUCGCUAAAAGGCAGUUGUGUUCGUUGUCCGUAGUUUAUACCUGCCCAUACCAUAACCCCACCGCCACCAUGGGGAACUCUGUUCACAACGUUGACAUCAGCAAACCUCUCACCCACACAACGUCUGCCAUCUGCCCGGUACAGUUGAAACCGGGAUUCAUCCAUGAAGAGCACACUUCUCCAGCCUGCCAGUGGCCAUCGAAGGUGAGCAUUUCCCCUCUGAAAUCGGUUAUGACGCUGAACUGCAGUCAGGUCAAAACCCUGGUGAGGACGGCGAGCACACAGAUGAGCUUCCCUGAGACGGUUUCUGACAGUUUGUUCAGAAAUUAUUCGGUUGUGCAAACGCACAGUUUCAUCAGCUGUCCGGGUGGCUGGUCUCAGACGAUCCCACAGGUGAAGAAAACCGGAUGUGGAGGUCCUUGGCUGGGGUGGUUACACGUGGUCUGGGGUUGAAAGGCCGGUUGGACGUACUGCCAAACUCUCUAAAAUGACGUUGGAGCCGGCUUAUGGUAGAGAAAUGAACAUUCAAUUCUCUGGCAACAGCUCUGGUGGACAUUCCUGUAGUCAGCAUGCCAAUUGCAUGCUCCCUCAAAACUUGAGACAUCUGUGGUAUUGUGUUGUGUGACAAAACUGCACAUUUUAGAGUGGCCUUUUAUCAUGCUGUUUAAUCAGCUUCUUGAAAUGCUACACCUGUCAGGUGGAUGGAUUAUCUUGGCAAAGGAGAAAUGCUCACUAACUGGGAUGUAAACAAUGUGUGCACAACAUUUUAGAGAAAUAAGCUUUUUGUGCGUAUGGAACAUUUCUGGGAUCUUUUAUUUCAGCACAUGAAACACUUUACAUGUUGCGUUCAUAUUUUUGUUCAGUAUAGUGAAACAUGGGACCGGUGUGUGAAGAGGGGAGGCAGAAAUAUGAUACAUUAUGCUAGAGUUUACUAGUCCUGUAAUCUAGUUGUAAAUGUACAUGGUUUUGGUAUGUUUUGGAUGGUAUAUGAUUGUCUCUAACUGUUUUAUCUCUCUCUACACAGACUGACCUGGCUGAUGAAGGGGUAGGUACUAUUACAUUUUGAUGCGUUGAAAUGCUAUCCUCAUUCAACAAAUACAUAAUCAAGUUCAGGGACACUGCAUGGUCAUAUACAGUUACAUGUUGAUUCUGAAACCAUGCCUUGCCUUUUUGAAGUGUCCCCUGUCAAAACUAUGUGCCUGUGAGAAGGGCGAGAGAGGACUCAGUGGUUUAGCCGUAAGUACUUUCAGUCUUUCCUUUCCAAACACACUCCAAUCACAGAACACUUUUCCUUUUAAAUUUAAGAAGGUGAUUUAUUCCUGAAGGCCUGAAUUCAAUUAAAAGUUCUAAAGAGGAUUCUUACAUGGUUCUGAUAUUGUGGGUAAUUGCUUGGUUUUGGAUACUUACAAUAAUUGCUUGCUUUUUUCUAAGCACACCCUGUGGUCAGAGAAAACUGUCUUUCUUACAUCUUCAUUACCAGAAUUCUGAAAAUACUCUGAAUGAUACAGGACAAGACAGGUUUUGGGUUGUUUUUCUCAAUUAAUUUCCUAUAAGCCUCAGUUGCUAAUUUUCCUUGCCUGUCCCGGCAAGUUAUUGCACAUUUCCCUUCCCACAUAAGAUGUCCCCCGUGGAAACCAUGGGCAUCCUAUGAAUACCUUUACCCCCAAUAAAACAGGACCUUUGCCAUCAGAAAAAGCACUUACUACCUUCAUUGUCAGCUAGUCAGAGAUGGAGAAUGUUGAAGGGGGCUUAAAGUGUUAGAUUAGGUUCUUCUACAUCAUCAGAACAGACUAGAGGCCCCCCUCUGGAUGGAUGACAGCCAUGUUAUUGUCAGGGUCCUCAGCGUCUGACAGUUAGUCUUGUGCUGACAGACAGCUGCAUGAUCAUUACCCAGGUGCUUUCUCUACAGAGAGAGUCCUUACAUUCUUACACUGAGACUUAAAGGGUCUCAUAAUUGCUCUCAUUAGUUUAACCCGCGAUUAGCUGCGGAUGGCAACCGCCACACGCUGUCCAUGUGCCGCAUGGCAACCUGACCCCUCACCUUUUGGCCAAGCAACAACAUGUCCAUCCUUGACUUCUACCAUGAUACACCCCAAUACACAGACACAGACACAAAAAGCCACCCCACUUGUGACCACAGGUCCUUUUACCACCCGCACUAAGCAAACAAUACCGACUCCCUCAGGGAAACUAUGCUUCUCUUUCACUUUGCCCUUCUAUAGCCAGUGAUGGCUUAUCUCCCACUGACUUGCUGCAGAUAAUUUGCAAAGGAUAGUGGCCUUUCGUCAGACAUGUUUUGUUUUAAAGUGAGUUAAAUGAAUCUUGUAUUGUUCCUUCAUUCCACAGGGGAAGAAGGGUCGCCCAGGAGAAGAUGGAGUCCCUGGUCUUAAAGGAUCGAAGGUCUUUGAUUUGUUAUGAUUCUUUAAAAUAAUUUAAUUGAUUUACAUACCUGUUGUGUUCCUGAUGUCUCUCUAAAAUGCAAGAUACAGCAAAUGUCCAUGUACUUUUUUUUGUAUAGACAUACUGUAUAUUCCUAAUACUAUGAGUAAUCUAAAUUAAAUAGCUCCAGUGUGUACUGUGUAAAUAAUAUACUGCCAUGUUCUCCUUUCUUUUUAGGGAGAGGGAGGACUAAGUGGACUUCCAGGUCGGGACGGCAGAGAGGUGAGUGAUACACUUAAACAUUUAGUACUUUUGCGGAUAUCCAGACAUCUAUGAAUACAGAUGUAGGAUGAGAACUUUCCUGCAAUGCAGGAAAUGUAAAAUGUGUAGUGUAUCUGAAGUUUAAAAAGGCUUCUGAAGUUUGUCAUUUCCACUUUGAAAUUUCAUACUUGAUUUUCCCUUACGAAAAAUGUAUCAACUUAACUUAUCAAUUUAUAAUAAUCCACAUAAUAAUUCACAUUUCCUGUUGCUGCAGCAAUAUCCUACAUCUGUAUAUUGAUUAAGCAUUUAUCAAUGUACGUACAGCUGUUGCUCACAAUCUAACCUAUUAUACUGUGUUUAUUUGCAGGGAAAACCUGGUUACAAAGGAGAGAGGGUUUGUCUUUCAAGUUGCCAUUAAUAUUUAUGUUAUUUUGAAACUACAGUACAUUCAUAUGACAUAUUGCUUUCCAUUACACAGGGUGAGAGAGGCGAGUGUGGCACUCCAGGAAUUAAAGGAGACAGGGUAUGUAUGAAUAAUCCGCCUUAUCUGCUCUCUGUGUCAUGCUUUAGUUCUAUUGGUCAUACUACAGGUUGAUUUAUACAGUACCUUUAUUUACUGUUUCAUUGAAUGUCCACUCCCAGGGUCCUGAGGGUCCAAUGGGCGCCAGAGGAGUCAGAGGUCUCCAGGUGGGUAAACUACAGCGACAUGUACCUAGAAAAUGCCCAUAUUCAGAUCAAAGUGUUAUACCUUUGUGAAACUCCUGUAUAAACACAUAUAUACUCACUCCAUGCUCCAUUCCCCUCCCACACAUACACACACACACACACACAAUGUAGUUGAUAAUGUGUGUAAUCUCUUCCCAGUAAUUUAGCAUCCGUAUCUGGGUAGCCUUCACUUUAUAUCCAGAUGUGAAUUGUGUCCUCCAGCACAGCAGCAGACAGGUACCUUUGUUAAGGAGUGUUCUUUGUUCCUCCUCAGGGUUUACCCGGACCACAGGGUGACAUUGGACCCGAGGGCCCUCAUGGAAAGAAGGUUAGUAAGAAGACACCUCAUACUUACCUCAUCACACACAUCUGCUGUCACCUGUACACUUCCUUUUAAUAGAACUGUAAAAGAGAGAUUCCUGCCACCUGCUCUACUACCUGGGAGUUGAGGGGCGUGUCUCUCUCCCUUAAUAGGCACCUGUGGAAGAUAUUGGCCCGGUGUCAGUACCUUCCCCUUCAUUAAUUCAGCAGUGUGGGGAUUAAUGCUAGUUUUCACAUUCACACGCAGGUUCAGUUAAUGGCAGGAGUUCUGUUUCUAAAUAUACAGUACACUAGGAACUGCCUAAAGCACUGUCAACCUCCUUGCCAGUCCUCUAUAAGGGAUUGUCAAGCCACUGACUAACAGCUAUGAAAAGUCAAAUGUUCUCUCUCCGUCCUCUCUGGGCAGCUUUAAAAAUAAAGUAAAAAACAGUUUGAUGUCUUCUGUGCCCAUAUGAAUGACCCCUAUGAUGUAACUGCAAUGAUGAGAUAGAUGUUCUUCUUCUCUGUUAUUUGUUUUCUUAUCUCGUUGUCAUACUGUAUUCAACCGUCUUGGAUCUUGCCUAGCCAUCUUGUCUCAAGAGGACCACAAUGGAAAUAAGUCCCAGACUUUAUUGUGUGUUAUCCUCGAUGAUUUUACUCAUGUGCAUGUAUGGCUUUUUCAAGUUUUAUGUGUGCUUGUUUUUAAAAAUGGUUGAAUUAUUAAACUAAACUAAGCUGUCCGUUGGAAAGAGCUAAAAUAGGGUAAACACUUAGAAUGUCAAAGAUAGAUGUUGCUCCCAUAAUAUGAGUAUGUUAGCAGCUGAGAGAAUGGGUCACAUAAUUUUCUUGUGACUUAUCUCUUACUAAUUGAAUCAGCCCUACCAUCAAAUAAUAUGUUUCAAAAGUGAAUGGAUUAUUGUGGAAAGAGCAAUGUUUAUAGUCUACCCUGUUAUUAGUCUUGUUUAUAGUCUACCCUGUUAUUAGUCUUGUUUAUAGUCUACCCUGUUAUUAGUCUUGUUUAUAGUCUACCCUGUUAUUAGUCUUGUUUAUAGUCUACCCUGUUAUUAGGAAUAUGUUUUAAGAAAGGAAUGUAAGGUGUUGUCAUUUAAAUGAGGUCAAAUGGGAUGGUUACGUUGGUAUGGAAGUAUGGAAUGAAACGUGUGAGAGAUCUGCCUUGCUUUGGGAAAACUUUUUAAGUGGUUAUCUCAGCUUUCUUCUUGACAGGCUCCACUUCUUUGUUGUUUCUUGUUUAGGAUGAAAUCUCUCCUAAAUCGUGAGUAAAUGUCAUGAUUCCUGCAAACUCUGCAGCGAACCAUUGCCUCCAUUAAAAUAGCUCUUAAUUGUUUUGAGACUGGAUGUCUGGCUAUAGGAUGUGCCUGACUUGUUUUAAUUUGUAGGGGCAAAAUAGUUUUCCCACUUUUCCAUGUACAGUACAGUUCAGACAAUAGCUCCCCACUGGGUAUACACUGGUUGAAUCAACGUUGUUUCAACAUCAUUUGUCAGCGUAUUGUGACAUGGAAUCAACAUGGAAAAUACAUUGGAUUUGAAAAAGUUAUCAACCAGUACUGUUUUCAUCUUAUUUCAACCAGCUUUGUUAACAUUGAAAUUAGGGUAAAACUUCAACUUAAAUACAUUGACUUAACAGGUUGUUACAGUGUCUUCAGAAAGUAUUCACACCCGUUGACUUUUUCAAAAUGUUGAUGUGUUACAGCCUGAAUUUAAAAUGGAUUAAAUUGAGAUUUGUUUUGUCACUGGCCUACACACAAUAUCCCAUAAUGUCAAAUGAAAAGCUGACAUGUCUUGAGUCAAUAAGUAUUCAACCCCUUUGUUAUGGCAAGCCUAAAUAAGUUCAAGAGUAGACAUGUGCUUAACAAGUCACAUAAUAAGUUGUGUGCAAUAAUAGUGUUUAACAUGAUUUUUGAAUGACUACCUCAUCUCUGUACCCCACACAUACUGUAAAAUUAUCUGUAAGGUCCCUCUGUCGAGCAGUGAAUUUCAAACACAGAUUCAACCACAAAGACCAGGUUUUCCAAUGCCUUGCAAAGAAGGGCACCUAUUGGUAGAUGGGUAAAAAUAAGUUGACUGACUGAAAGGCAACUUGCCUUAGUUCUAUUGUCUACAUGCAACGUUCAGACAUGGCUGCAACAGAGAAUGAACUUACUUUUGGAUCAGAUUCAGGUUUCUACACUGAAUCUCCUCUAGUGUCUCUGCCACAGCUAGGGCCUGCUGGGCAUUAAACUCUUCUGCCAUUAGCAGUGCUGUACUCUCCAGCCUGAAAGAGAAGUGGUUAGUGUCUUCAGAAAGUAUUCACACCCCUUGACUUUUUUCACAUUUUGUUGUGUUACAACCUGAAUUUAAAAGGGAUUAAAUUGAGAUGUGUCAAUGAUAUACACACAAUACCCCAUAAUUUCAAAGUGGAAUUAAGUUUUAGAAAUGUUUACAAAUGAAAUAUAAAAAAUAUAAAGCUGAAAUCUCUUGAGUCAAUAAGUAUUCAACCCCCUUGUUAUGGAAAGCCUAUAUAACUUCAGGAAUAAAAAUGUGCUUAACAAGUCAUAGAAUAAGUUGCAUGGACUCGCUCUGUGUGCAAUAAUGGUGUUUAACAUUAUUUUUGAAUGACUACCCCAUCUCUGUACCCCACACAUACAAUUAUCUGUAAGGUCCCUCAGUCGAGCAGUGAAUUUCAAGCACAAAUUCAACGUCAAAGACCAGGAAGGUUUUCCAUUGCCUCGCAAAGAAGGGCAUUGAAUAUCCAUUGAGCAUGGUGAAGUUAUUAAUUACACUUUGGAUGGUGUAUCAAUACACCCAGUCACUACAAAGACACAAGUGUCCUUCCUAACUCAGUUGGCGGAGAGGAAGGAAACCGCUCAGGGAUUUCACCAUGAGGCCAAUGGUGACUUUAAAACAUUUACAGAGUUUAAUGGCUGUGAUAGGAGAAAACUGAGGAUGGAUCAACAACAUUGUAGUUACUCCACAAUACUAACCUAAUUGACAGAGUUAAAAGAAGGAAGUCUGUACAGAAUAAUAAUAUUCCAAAACAUUCAUCCUGAUUGCAACAAGGCACUAAAGUAAUACUACAAAGAAUUUGGCCAAGCAAUUAACUUUUUGUCCUGAAUACAAAGUGUUAUGUUUAGGACAAAUCCAAUACAGUACCACUCUCCAUAUUUUCAAGCAUAGUAGUGGCUGCAUCAUGUUAUGGGUAUGCUUGUAAUUGUUGAGGACUGGGGAGUUUUUCAGGAUAAAAAAUAAACUGAAUGGAGCUAAACACAGGCUAAAUCAUAGAGGAAAAACUGGUUCAGUCUGCUUUCCACCAGAUACUUGGAGAUGAAUUCACCUUUCAGCAGGACAAUAACCUAAAACACAAGGCCAAAUAUACACUGGAGUUACUUACCAAGAGAGUGUUCCAGAGUGGCCAGGUUACAGUUUUUACUUAAAUCUACUUGAAAAUCAAUGGCAAGACCUGAAAAUGGCUGUCUAGCAAUGAUCAACAACUCAUUUGACAGAGCUUGAAGAAUUUUGAAAAGAAUAAUGGGCAAAUGUUGCACAAUCCAGAUGUGGAAACUCUUAGAGACUCACAGCUGUAAUCGCUGCCAAAGGUGCUUCUGCACCUUGACUCGGGGUGUGAAUACUUAUGUAAAUUACAUGUUUUUGUAUUUCAUUUUCAAUACAUUUGCAAACAUUUCUAAAAACAUGUUUUCACUUUGUCAUUGUGGGGUAUUGUGUGUAGAUGGGUGAGAGAAAAAAAUAUUGAAUCCAUUUUUAAUUCAGGCUGUAACACAACCAAAUGUGGAAUAAGUUAAGGGGUAUGAAUACUUUCUUAAGGCACUCAAUCUAAUUUCAACAUAAUCAUCAGAACUUUGUAUAAAUUGAAAUUGCAUUGAAUAUUCCACAUAGAAACGUAAAAAUAUUUUUAAUCCUAUAUUCAAUAUACUGUAUAUUGGGUAGUUUAAAUUAUGUUGAAUUUUAGAUUUGAUUAGACAUAUUUUAUUUGACCUUGUUUCAAUGUUGAUAGUAAAAUGGUUUGUUUGAAUCAAUGUAAUUGUUUCAACGUCAUGAUAUCAACCUAAAUAAAGAGGUAUAUUGAAAUAAAAUGGGAAGCCAAAGUCCAAACAUUUCUGCCUGAACAGUGACUCAUACUGGUAUAUGAUGGGUAAUGCACUUCAGUGAGAACAAUCAUUAGAAGUAGUUACCAUUAUCCCUAUAAAAAGAAUGCAAAAUUCAUGAUAUUAAUAAAAGUUUACCUUCUAUAUUGUAUUUUAUAUAUGUUAUUCAUAAACUUCUAAAAAUCCAAUCAACCAUGGAUGAAUGAUAGUAUACCUAGCUUCGUGUUGAAAUUAUCCUUUGGGCAAAUCAGAUUUCAAUGUAGCAUACUGUAUAUAAACCCAACAAAUUUACUUUCACAUACAGCUUGUAGAAGAAAAGCUAAAGAAGUUACUUUCAACUAUUCAAUGUUAUUUAGGUAGUCUAUGCAAAUGAGUAUGGAAGCUGAUCAAUGUCUAAAUGUGUUGACAUGAUAGCUCAACUGAAUCAAAAAGCUUGUUUCCAAAGCUAAGCAGGUUACAUAGAGGUAGCCUGGUGGGUAGGAGUGUUGGGCCAGUAACCGAAAGGUUACUGGAUCGAAUCCCCGAGCUGACAAGGUAAAAAUAGGUUGUUCUGCCCCUGAGCAAGGCCACUGUUCCCUGGGCGCCGAUGAUGUCGAUGAAGGCAGCCCCCUGCACCUUUCUGAUUCAGAGGGGUUGGGUUAAAUGCAGAAGACACAUUUCAGAAGAAUGCAUUCAGUUGUACAACUGACUAGUUAUUUUCCUUUAAUCUGGAUGGUAGACUCGUUCUCACUGAAGUGCAUUACCCAGUCAAUGUUGUUCAGGCAGGAAUCGUUCACAUUUUAUUACAAUAUACCUCUUUAUUUAGAUUGAUAGCAUGAAGUUGACACAAUGACGUUGAUUCAAACAUGCCAUUUUCAACAUUGAAACAAGGUCAAAUAAAAUAUAUCUAAUCAAAUAUGAAAUGUAAUAUAAUUUAGGAAGAAAAAUAUUUUGUACAUUUCUAUGUGGAAUUUUCAACUCAAUUUCAACCUAUACAUAGUUCUGAUGAUUAUGUUGAAAUUAGAUUGAUGUAACAACCUGUUAGUCAUGGUAAAUCAAUGUAUUUAAGUAGAAGUUAUACCCUAAUUCCAAUGUUUACAACACUGGUUGAAAUUAGAUGAAAACAGUACUGGUUGAUGACUAUUUUCAAAUCCUAUGUAUUUUCCACGUUGAUUCCACAUCGUAAUACGUUGACAAAUUACGUUGAAACAACGUUGAUUCAACCAGUGUGUGCCCAGUGGGUCUGCUUGAUUUAAAACAUCUGUUUGAGUAAUUACAUACCUUUGAGAUCAGCAGUUCUGAUAUGAGAGGGUAUUUUUCUCCAUCAACUUCAAAAAGCCUCUGUGCAAGUAUUUUCUGAGCAAUACUAGGCUUUGUUUAUAAGUUUAUAUUUAGGAAGAAUAUAAUUGGUAUCAUAUCAAUAUAUCUCUAAGUAAGAUAAAUAAAAGGACAAUGUUUCUAUGUGAUAUCAGUUAACAUUAAUCUGAAUCUAAAUCUAAAACUACUGGAUGUAAAAGGUUCUCUGAUCUGCCUAGACUGAAUUAAAGCUUUGGACCGCCCUUUAGCUGUAAGCCACUCCCUUGUUCUUGAUAUUGGAUCUGUAUUAUGCUGCUAUCUUUGUUUGCUGCUAACUUUAAUCUGUGUCUCUUGUGUUUGUCAUCACAGGGUGACCGGGGUCCAGCUGGCCCGGCUGGAAUUCAGGGAGAAAAUGGUAUUGGACUUCCUGGACCAAAGGUAAGUUUAUUCUGUUAUUGCUUUUGUCUAACUAAUUAAUUGUUUUAUGUUACCUGUUCCAUCUCACCAUGUCUUGUUUGCAGGGUGAUCUGGGAUUCCAGGGAAAACCCGGCCCCCCUGGUCCACCAGGGUUGGGUGAACAAGGCCAACCAGUGAGUGGACUGAAACUCCCGACUAGCAUUUUACUGUAGCUUACUACAUUACGUAGUUUGGUUUCAUUGACAACCUGAUAGACUUUUUAAAACUUUGUGAGUGAUACUGUACACUGAGUUUACAAAACAUUAAGAACACCUUCCUAAUAUUGAGUAGCACCCCUUUUGCCCUCAGAACAGACUCAAUUUGUCAGGGCAUGGACUCUACAAGGUGUUGAAAGCGUUCCACAGUGAUGCUGGCCAAUGUUGACUCCAAUGCUUCCCACAGUUGUGUCAAGUUGGCUGGAUGUCCUUUGGGUGGUGGACCAUUCUUGAUACACACGGAAACUGUUGAGCAUGAAAAACCCAGCAGCGUUGCAGUUCUUGAUACAAACCGGUGCGCCUGCCACCUACAAUCAUACCUCAUUCAAAGGCACUUCAAUCUUUUGUCUUGCCCAUUCCCCCCUGAAUGGCACACAUACUGUACACAAUCCAUGUCUCAAUUGUCUCAAGGCUUAAAAAUCCUUCUUUAGCCUGUCCCCUCCCCUUCAUCUACACUGAUUGAAGUGGAUUGAACAGCUGACAUCAUUAAGGGAUCAUAGCUUUCACCUGGUCAGUCAUGGAAAGAGCAGGUGUCCUUAAUAUUUUGUAUACUCAGUGUAUAUCACAGUAGGAAACGUGAGUUGGGAUGACAACUACAAAUGCAGUGUCUUCUGACCCAAUGUUGGUAAAAGGAUAAUGCUGGUUUAUUUUACAGGGGCCUCAAGGGCCACAAGGUUUUCAAGGGGAGAAAGGACCCCACGGCGAGGGGCUCCCUGGGCCAAAGGUAUGAUUACGAGUUUGUCAUGACUAAAACGAAAAAUACAAUAGAGAAAUUAUCUGGCUACAGCGAGAAUGCGUUCCUCUUUAUUUUUAUACUCCAUUCUAUCUAGUGAGAUUUGUGUUAGUCCACAGCAUCAUUUCUGGGGUUACCGUUAGCUACAAUGCUGGAAGCAAAAUGUCCACCCAAAAGACCUUCGUUUUAUUACACCAAUAGCAGAAACAGACCUAAACCUUCCUUAAAUCAGAUGGCUUCUUAACCUCUUGAUUCUACCAGCGCCUGGGCUGUAGAAGAUGGCCAUCUGUUUGGCCAUAAUUGACCUCAGAAACUGAUAAGGACUUACAUGAGCAUGAAAGCACAACUCUCAUUCGCUGGAUUUUAGAGGGAAGAAAUGUGUAAUCAACACAUUGGCUGCAUCUGUCAAAGCCAGGCCCUGCUCUUCUCCAAAGUAGUCUACUCACAGCUAGUUCUCAGCCAAGUGUUACCAUUCAUGUUGAUGUGCACAAAACAAUGUCAUUUCUCCAUGUUGCAACUUGUAGAGUGACAUAUAAUAUUUUAUAUGUGGACUGUUCAAACAUCACAUACACAUGGAGAGGGCCUGGAUUUCCAUGGGAUUUAAGAGUGGCAAGCAAUCACAAAGUGGAAUACAUUAUGAAAACAUAGCUAUCAUUUUUUAUGACAGCACUUGGAGUUAAUCUUGGGUUUUAUUUUAGUUAUAUUAUCAUCAUAACACGUAGAGACAUGAACAUGAACACAGUGCUUAUAUUGGAUGAGUAAACAUAUAAACUAUCCUCAUGAACAAAGUAUUUAGCAAUGGAAUACUUCCUUCAGUCUGUUUUUCCUAGUUCAAGUCGGAACCUGAGAGCAUAUUAAAUAAUGGCACUGUCGAGAGUUUGAGCUGUGGUUGAUGCACUUACAUUUGGCAGUAGUAGGCAGAUCCUGGAAAAUGAGUGUAACACAGAAAAUGUCCUGAGGCAACCAAACAUCUGUCAUUGGCUCUUAUGGGAAAGCCCCCCUUCCCAAAAGGGGUCAUGGCAGUUCUAAAGGACAGGUCAACCCCCCCAACAAUUAAUAUGUUCCUGUCUGUGUGUCUGCAUUUAAUUAUUUUCAACUGUUGCUGAGGCAAUAAACAUGCCUUAAUUCAUCGCCCUCUUCCUCUGCCUAGUUUGAGAAGGGUAAGCAACACUCCUCAGAAGGAUAACGUUAACAGAUUUGGUAAUAACAUAACUUCAGUCAUAUAGGACCAUGUCAUACUACUCGCAAGACAGAGACAGGUGCUAACUUAACCCUCCCGGUCCCUACUACACUAUUGACUGAGCACAAUGAGGAUAGUGCUGUGAAUGUGUGAACCAGUGGGAGCUGGAUGUGUGACGGGAGAGAGGGGUGAUGACUUGUCUUUGUUCGACAGGGAGACCGGGGGCUGGCCGGACCGAGGGGGCCAAGAGGACAGACGUGUGCAGGAAUCAAAGGAGAAAAGGUGGGCUGUAAAUACAUCAUUAAUCAAUGCCAUUCACACAAACAUGCCAUGUCUACCCAACAAAAGACCUAAUGAAGUUCAUAAAGAAGCCUUGGAUCCUCCCUCUGGGCCUCCUUGAAGCGCUCCAUUGAGAAAGAAAGGGCGGGGGGAGGGUUAUAGCUGUAGUUACUGUGGGAAAGUUGAAGGUAGGAUUCUUUUUGCAUGUUGUAGGAUUCAAUAAACAACCAUGCCAAAUUGUUACAUACAACUACUGGCAUAACCAGUGUCUAGCACUCAAAUUAAACCACAUUUAUUGGUGGUUAGGGAUUUUAUCUCUCUGUAGUCAAGAACAAGAUAUUGUAUAUGCUGUAUAUCACAUUUAAAGAAGGCACUCAUGCAGAUAUUCAGCCUGGUGAUUCUAUUAGUACCAAUUAUCUUGAUUUUAAGACAUAAAGGCCAAUAAACUCAUGAAGGGUCAAAUGACAACCUAGACCUCAAACAGGGCCGGAUUAAUGCAGGGGUUUAACGGCUGAAGCCCCUGGGCCCAGACCCAUGGGGGGCCCAAGAGGAAGCAAAAAAGUAAUAUAUUGAUAUUAAUAAUAAUGUUUUACAAUAAAUAAUAAUAAAGGAAAUAUAUACUGUAUAUAUUAUAUACUGUAUGUAGUAUAUAUUUUGUAUUUUUUUUUACAGCAACUGCCAACCACAGGAGGACUCAGGAGCCUGCUCUCAAUGAGUGUAGACUGUGGAUAACUGUGGAUUUAAAUAACUGUGGAUUAGGUUUUAUCACAAGCACAUACAGGUAUCUGCCAAAAUAAAGGAAACACCAACAUAAAGUGUCUUAAAAGGGUGUUGGGCCACCACGAGCUGCCAGAACAGCUUCAAUGCGCCUUGGCAUAGAUUCUACAAGUGGACCUAAACCAUGCCAGGAAAAUGCACCCCACACUAUAACAUAUACUUUGUAUACCUUGCUUACGCAAGUGUUUCCUUUAUUUAGGCAGUUAUCAGUUUGCCUACAGUUGAGAAGGCCGCAGUUUGGGCAGCAUGCGUGUCAAAUAUACAGCGUGUCAAAUAUACAGCAUGCGUGUCAAAUAUACAGCGUUGUGGCCAUAGACAUAUAAUCCAUAGAAGGGUUUUGGAACCUCUUACCCUGGCAAUUUGACUGUUAAACUCAUUGGUACACUAGCGAUGGAUGCCAGUCCUGACUUGAAUGGGAACUGCCAUCUAUGGAUUAUAUUUUUAUGGUUGGUUGCGGCUGUUGGUUUGCCUUUUACAGAUUUCUAAAUACAUUCGUGGGGAAAACGUGCAGUUUGGAAAGCAAAUGCCCACUGCUGAAAAGAGAAGACUAUUCUGUCUUUAGAACCAAUAGAAGAAAAAACAAUUCUCGGCGCUUGUAACGCCAAGGUAGUGGGUUCGAUCCCCGGGACCACCCAUACACAAAAAAAUGUAUGCACGCAUGACUGUAAGUCGCUUUGGAUAAAAGCGUCUGCUAAAUGGCAUAUUAUUAUUAUUAUUAUUAUUAACAACUCCCAAUUUUUAGCUAACAGCAGCACUGUUUUAUAUCAGUAUAUCAUCUUGAGAUAGGCUAUUGCCACAAUGAGCGCAUCGGCCAUCACAGUGAGCUGGGGGGAGAGGAGCCUAUAAAAAACAAAACCCUGGGACUUAUGAUUUCUUCAUCCGGCCCUCAACCCUUUUUAUGUUUGACCUCAGGGUGAGUUCGGGCCUCCAGGUCAUCCAGGACUUGUUGGACUUACGGGAGCGGGCAUCCAGGGGGAGAAGGUAAGCUGAGUGGCGAAGAGUAACGUGACACUACACUUGCAUGCACAUCACACACGUGAUUGUGAUUUUUAUUCCCCAGGGAGUGGAGGGUCCCAGGGGUCCACCUGGCGGCAGAGGGCCUCAAGGAGAGGGCUUACCUGGACCUAAGGUUGGUAAAGACCAUGCAAAGCCAUGAAUUGAUGGCCAAGACCAUAUAAUUCUCUGAUUGCUGUUGUUUGUAGCUAGCCUGUUGUUUUUGCCUGGUGGAUUUCUUCACACUACUUUCCAUUCUCUUAUUUCUAGGGCGAUCAAGGUUUACCAGGAGAGCUUGGAGCUACAGGGGAGAGAGGCGUUGGUGAGCCAGGGGCAAAGGUAAGACAAAUACCUUAUCCACCCUCUUCCAAGUAAUAAAAAACACCUUCUCAAAUAAGCCUGUUGAACUUGUGAUAUAUUUUAAAAAGCAAUUUGUUUAUUUUCCAGGGUGAGCCUGGUGCAUCUGGCCUGGCUGGCUUACCUGGUCUUCCAGGCGAGGACGGGGCUCCAGGACAGAAGGUGUGUUAUUUCACCUUUACACCACUUCUAUAGAUCCAGUGUAGUUCUAUAGAUCCAGUGUAGUUAUAUUGAUCCAGUGUAGUUAUAUUGAUCCAGUGUAGUUCUAUAGAUCCACUGUAGUUCUAUAGAUCCUGUAUAGUUAUAUAGAUCUAGUGUAAUUCUAUAGAUCCAGUGUAGUUCUAUAGAUCCAGUAUAGUUCUAUAGAUCCAGUAUAAUUCUAUAGAUCCAGUAUAGUUCUAUAGAUCCAGUAUAUUUCUAUAAAUACAGUAUCAUUCUAAAGAUACAGCAUAGUUCUAUAGAUCUUAUAUAGUUAUAUAGAUCCAGUAUAGUUCUAUAGAUACAGUAUACCACAAAGAAAAGGAAUAUGUCAAUGUGAAAUGGUUUCUGUCUGUCCCAUCUACCCUUCGCCACUGCCAGGGUGAGGUGGGUGUAGCUGGCAUAAGAGGUCCUGAGGGAGCAGCAGGGAUCGGCACCCAGGGCGAGAAGGUGCAUUUCACAUCCUUACCGUUCUGUCAUACUAACCUGUAAGCACCAAGAGGGGGUCAUGUAAAAUAUGCGUGCUCCACCCCUACCAGGGAGACCAGGGUCAGAGGGGCAUCCGUGGAUUACAUGGACCUCCUGGCAUGACCGGACCGUCAGGGGCAAAGGUAAUAUUAACAAUAAUAAUAAUAAUAAUUGGUUGCAUUUAUGUAGCGCCUACAGUAGGUGCUCAAAGCGCUUUGCAUAGUAAGGGGGAAACUCAAUGUGUAGCACCCAUUAUUUUGUGCCAGAAUGCUCACCACACAUAAGCUAGCAUGGUGGAGAGGUGAAGAGUGAUAUAUGCCAAUUGGGAAUCAGGGGGAUGAUUAGGUGGCUAUGAUUGAAAAGGGCCAGGUUGGGAAUUUGGCCAGAACAGCGGGUUAACACCCCUACUCUUACGAUAAGUGCCAUGGUGAGAAUAACACUGGCUGAGACCAAACACAAUCUGAUCACAGCACGGCAGAUUUAGUGAACCUGAUAGUAUUGUUUGCUUUGAACUACCAUUAUUUAUUAAAUGAACGUCUAUUUAGGUUAUUUACAACCAACACUCAACACACACUCUAGUAACUGCAUAUUUGUUCGAGAUUGUUGUAACAGUAGCCCAACAAUUUGAGUUCAACCAAAAUACACUAGAAGAUUACAAAAGUGGCAAACAUCUGUGCAGGCUGUUGGUAGUGUAGGGAGUGUUUGGAUAAAGGGAGUGUCUGUAGAGUUCGAGUGAAAUUCUUGCCCAUUCUUCUUUCAGGGGGAGCCUGGCACACCAGGCCGACUGGGCAUGCCAGGACUACCGGGACGGGCCAUUGCAGGUCCCAAGGUAAGACAUCCACAUCUAUUAACACCCUGUUUCUCUAUGCAGGUCUUGGCAGGUACUGUACACAUUUGGCAGGCCUGUGAGCUUGCAGUAAGAAACACUGUUACACGCAGUCCAUUGCAAUGCAUCGUCAGAUCCUGGCUGAUGAACAGCAUUGGGAUUAUCUUAUCUCAUUCUCUGUCUCAGGGUGAUCUAGGCCCUCCUGGUCCCUCUGGGCCUAUUGGAGAGACAGGCUAUGGGCUACCUGGGCCAAAAGUAAGUGUUGCAAUUCACAACAAAGAAAGAUAUGAUAUUACUAUUACUAUGAGGCACAUGCUCAUCGUUUGAAUGAUGUUUUUACCAGGGUGACCGUGGUAAUCCAGGUCCAUCAGGUCCUUUUGGGCCCAAAGGUGAAGGUUUCCCUGGUCCAGUGGUGAGUACUUACAACCAACAUGAAUUAACUGCAGAUUACUGGUGUUAAACCAAACUUAGUCUCUCAUUAAGUUUGGAUUGUUCCCUGUUCCUUUUUUAGGGUCCUCCAGGCCUUCCAGGUCUACAGGGAGAGCAGGGCCCUGAGGGUGUUGGCAUCCCAGGACCUAAGGUACUUGUUAUGUAUCUGUCCCUAAAUCUUCUAUGCAUGUCAAUCUGCUACAACGUACUACAUGUCAAUGUGAAUGUGUAUUAUGUAUUGCAUGUGACUCUAAAUCUGUAUGUCCCAGGGAGACAUUGGCUUCAGAGGAUUGCCAGGUUUGCCAGGCCCAAAAGGAAAGGGUGUGCAAGGACCACCGGUAUGAAGCUAAUAUUAACAAAACGUCCAUUAUUCAGCCAUAGGUCACAUUCUGAGUGUAAUACGUGGCAUAGCUUAACACAUACCAGUAGUCCAGCUGUGAUGGCAAUGUCAAAUUUAAUCAACUUUAUUUAUAGUCUGUAGCCUGUCCGUCCCCUACGCAUAACACUAACAUAAUUGGUUUCCAGGGUAACAUGGGAAGGCAAGGACCCCCUGGUCCAAACGGGCCCCCAGGGGAAGGUCUGCAGGGCCCCAAGGUAUGUUUAAUAACACAGUCCACUCCUGACCUAUGACCUUUAGUGUGCUAUAGCUCUUUUCCAAGUACAUUGCCUUUGGGUAAAUGAUUGAUUGAUUUAUGGUUCAUCUUUUGUAUUUUAGGGUGAGCAGGGGUCUCAGGGUGUGACAGGGCCAAGGGGACCCUUAGGGGAAGGAUUCUCAGGAGCUAAGGUAAGAGGAUGACUUCAACUCAUACUUCAACUCAUACUUCAACUCAUACUUCAACUCAUACUUCAAAUCAUAACUUCAACUCAUUACGCUCUUCUACUGAUGGAUGCAGUGACCUUGUCUCUAACAACAGCCCUCCUGUUUCUUCCUCCUGUCUCUUCACUGCAGGGCAACCGUGGCUUGCAGGGUGAGAGAGGAAAUAAGGGUGUAAAGGGGGACAUGGGAGAUCCUGGGGUUCCUGGAGAGUCUGUGCGUUUUCUAAAUAUUAAUUGUUUUACUGAAAUUGCUGUUUUAUGUUAUUUUGUAUAAUUUCAAAGUAGUGAUGUAUGAAUCAUUCAAAUGUUUUCUCAUAUCUCAGGGGAGGCCAGGAGUAAAGGGUGAAGCAGGGCUUACAGUAAGUUCACAAACUUUACACACUGCUUGAUUGAUUCUGUGUAAUAGAGAACAAUAUGAAAUAUGAAUAUAACUUUCACACUUCUAUCACUUCCAGAGAGAAGACAUCAUUAAAUUGAUCAAGGAAAUCUGUGGUAAGACUAACACCAUGAUAAUAAUAAAUCCAAGCUAAAACAUAAAGAAUAAAUUAAAUAAUGUUAGGAGUUAUUCAGCAUCUUUCUCUUGCUUUUAGGAUGUGGAAUCAAGUGCAAGGAGAGGCCAAUGGAGCUUGUAUUCGUCAUUGACAGCUCAGAGAGUGUUGGUCCGGAAAACUUUGAAAUCAUCAAGGACUUCGUCACAGCAUUGGUGGACCGUACCACUGUUGGACGUAACGCCACCAGAAUUGGACUGGUCCUGUACAGUCUGGAUGUCCACCUGGAGUUCAAUCUGACGCACUACAUGACCAAACAAGAUGUCAAGCAGGCCAUCAGGAAGAUGCCCUACAUGGGUGAGGGCACCUACACUAGCACUGCCAUCCGGAAGGCUACCCAGGAGGCCUUCUACAGUGCCCGUACUGGGGUUAGGAAGGUGGCCAUUGUUAUCACAGAUGGACAGACAGACAAACGAGAGCCUGUGAAGCUGGACAUUGCUGUGAGGGAGGCCCAUGCUGCCAACGUUGAGAUGUAUGCCCUGGGGAUUGUCAACACCUCAUAUACAAACCAGGCCGAGUUCCUGCGUGAACUUAAUCUGAUCGCCUCUGACCCUGACAGUGAACAUAUGUACCUCAUCGACGAUUUCAACACUCUACCAGGUGACUAACACGGUCAUAUGUGUGUAGUAUCACACAUUACUUAAUACAAAGCUGUUGUUCAGUAAAAACAACUUCACCCUUUAUUCUGUCAUACAGAUAUCAUAUAUUAUACUUUAACUGAGGUUGUCAUUUCUCUCCUGUCUUUCAGCUCUGGAGUCAAAACUUGUUAGCCAGUUCUGUGAGGAUGAGAAUGGAGCCCUUGUGUUGAAUCGCAUCGCUAAUGGCUUUGGAAGGAAUGGGAACAACGGCAAUGGGAACAACGGACAUGGGAACAACGGACAUGGGACCAACGGACAUGGGACCAACAGACAUGGGAACAACGGACAUGGGAACAACGGACAUGGGAACAACGGACAUGGGAAUAACGGCUAUGUGGACAGCGGCUAUGGAACCACCUAUAAUAAGGAUCCUAUCCUAAAUCCGAGUAGACGCACCAGUUCCCAGAGUCACAUCAGAGGCCGUGGAGAUAACUUUACUCUGCCCCUCAAUCCUGGACCACUCCCAGUGCAGGUCCAAGUAGGCCUUUACAGGACACAUUUAUAUCAUACAAAGUAACUCUCCUUAGGCAUUAUAGAGGACCAAUUGAAUGAUUGCUUUGUAAUAGUCAUUGCUCUGCUAGUCAAUUAAUACAAUUUUAGCAGUAGAGGGUUGAGUUACCGUCUAACUAAUCUAUGUGUGUGUGUCAUCAAUCAGGUGGAUGAUGAAGAGGGUGAGGAUUUAGACAUAAGGAACCGCGUGCGAGGAGGUAGUACUGUGGCUGUAGUUAACAAAACAGUAUCCAUCCUCCCUGCAAGGGAAAGCUCCCACUCCAACACAGCUGUCUCAACAUCAUCAUCAGGAUCAGCAUCAUCAUCAUCCUCAGGAACAUCAGGUUCACCUUCAUCGUCCAGCAAGGGCCAAUUUCGGCCUGUAUCAAUUCCAAUCCCUAAUUCUAUUUUCCCCCAAGGUUAGGACCUAACACUGCAACAUGUUCACAACUACAUCAAUAGUCACGUCAUCUCUCAAUAUGUUGUGUUAGAUUAAGAAACAUGGUCAUUUCUGUCUUGGAAGUUAACAUUCAAAUAUCUUUACACGUUUUCAAAUUCCUUGAAUGUAUGUCAUACCUCUCCUUCGAUGUUGUUUUGUCAGAAUCCAUCCCGCUCGAUCCCCUCUGUAACCUGAGUUUGGACCAAGGCACCUGUCGAGAGUAUAACAUCCGGUGGUAUUACGACAAACAGGCCAAUUCCUGUGCACAGUUCUGGUAUGGAGGCUGUGAAGGAAAUGCCAACCGUUUUGAGACAGAGGAUGAGUGUAAGAAGACCUGUGUUCUAUCUAGAACAGGUAUGUCCCACAGCUCAUAGAGAUCUUAAGCCUCUGUGCUCUGUUUUCUGGCAUUCUUUUUGACAUGCUCUCUCUGUAUUUUCCACAGCUGGUUAAAACAGGCAGAUGAUCAAUCAACUCAUCAGAACAAUCAUCCAUGGAACCAACUAACCAAAGUGCAGAGGAUUAUUUGAACAGUAUUUAAUAAUAGUCAACUACUGAUAUCUAAAUAUGGUAUAUUUACAACAGGCAUUUAUCAUUGGAAAUAACUAUAUUUUGCAGCUCUCUGUGUCUCUCUCUCU